UGCCAACACACAGUUAAUAUUAGUUUCGAGUAUGUUUUCAUAACGCAUGAGUGGCACACCGUGAACUUCCUCUAAGAUUUUCUCUACUCAUCAUCUUACUCCUUAUUCUUUUUCUUUUCUUUGUUUUUUUCUUUUUCUUUCUUUCUUUCUUCCUUCCUUCCUUCCUUCCUUCCUUCCUUUCCACAUUUUGAGUAUCAUUUACGUAAUAUUACAAUCCUUGAACGGUUUCUAUUACAACGAUUGCUUUAUAAAUUAAUAAUAUAAUUUAAAAGAGUUAGGAUUAUUAUAAUUAUAUAUUAGAUGUUUAUAUAUGCCAAAUUUAUACAUAUCGUACAUGUAUGAUGUGAUACAUGUCCCAUUUUUGUCAAAUAAAUUACGAUUAAUUGUAUAUACCAAAAGGUUUAAGCGAAACUUGUGUUACAGAAUCGUGACUCUGAGCUUAAAUAGAUAGAUGUAUGCACGCAUGCAUGUAUGUAUUGUAUGUUUUUAGUUUCUCUCUUCGACAGAGAGAUAGAUAUGUUUAUACUAUCGGGAAAGCUAUCAAGUUCUCUCUUCUUCCUCUCUUUAAGUUAGAGAAUGCUGCUACAACAUAUCGGUAACAAGAGGCAGAGAAGUAGAAGAAAAUAAUAAGAGGAAGAAAACAAGAGAGAUCUCUUUGGCUCAUUGGUCUGUAGGCUACGAAACUGGCGGAGUUUCAUCAAGUUUCGGACCAAUCCGAAGAUCUCAAAUCUCUAAAAAUACAUUUUGAAUUAGUAGGAGGAGAUGAAGGAGCACCUCCUUCUCUAAACGAUCAGAAAGAUCCUUCGAAGUAUACAACUUAUCGCAUAUCGCAAGUGCGUAGCAAGUUUAACGGAUCCUAUUAUAAAGAUGUACGUUAUAAUAAGAAACGUUGAUAAAGAUAUAUCAAAAGGAAUGUGAAAAUAUCUAUGAAAAAAGUGAUUUAUCAAAAGAAUAUUAAAAAGAUUGCUAAGCCUUUUUUCAUUUAUCGAUAUUAAUUUUCCAUAUUAAAAUAUGUAUAAAGAUAGUGUUUGGAGUUUCUUACAAUAUUUCUAAAUCUAAUCAUUCAUAUCAGAAAUCUUACGCAAACAUAUUAUAAAGAAUUAUUAAUUACCAGAAAGGGGGAAAAAAAAAAGAAAAAGAAGAAUUCGUCAUAAUGAAGAUAGAAAAUAGUGCACCGAAUCAAUUAAACUCUGGAUUAGAGCAACGUUUGAGAAGUCCAAAAUGUGCGAGGUGUCGAAAUCAUGGUGUGAUUUCUGGAUUGAAGGGUCAUAAGAGAUCAUGUGCUUGGAAGGACUGCCGUUGUCCUUGUUGCUUACUCGUUGUUGAAAGGCAAAGGGUAAUGGCAGCACAAGUAGCUCUACGUAGGCAACAACAAGCUCGUGAUAAUUGUUUCGUUGAUACUAAUUUCGUUACUCCACACGGCCAAGUUCCGGCGGAUGUUUCUGGUAUUUCUAGAUUUAACGUUCCUAAUGACGUUGCUAGGUUGAACAAUAAAAGGACAUCGAGAAAUUUUCAACAACAUCAAAUGCAUUUCACUCGUACCAGCAUCAGCGUAAUGCAAGGAUUCUGCGGUCUCGGUGGUAAUCAUAAUACCAUACCAGAAGUUUUUUCUUCGGAUAAUCGUUUACUUCCCUCUUUGCCGGCCGUUUCUCAAGGCCAAAAACAGGACCUUGAAUCCACCCUAAGAUUCCAAUCAUUUCGAACUGUAUACCCUACAAUUCCAUGGUUCGGACGUCUUACAGAACCACGAAGACUACAGGACAAUUUUGAUGGCUUCAUUUCUACGGUAAAAGACUUCCAAAAUAAAAAUUCCGUAGAUAAAAAGGCAGCGAUAUCUUUUAGCGUCGAGUCCAUUAUCGGCACGAAGUAAUGUCACAGUGAAAACAUAAUUUAAAAUCAUGAUAGACGUAAAAAAUAAAAAUGUUACUUACUGAUAUCUUUAUCGUUACCGUAAUCUAUUCGUUAUUUAUUUUCUGAUAACUAUCGCUUAUGAUAGACGUUAAGUAUACAUACAUA